CCAUUUACACGUUCUUAUACAGGAUACCUUCACAGUGGUCUAAUGAGACUAGAAUUGUGGAUUGUGGAUGCUCCAAGUAUGAGUGGUGAAGCUAGCUUUGUAAAUACAAAUCAAGUCGAUCUCAUGUGAUAACAUUAGAUUUAUUGAAUGCGUUAUCAGACAGAAUGUACUGAUUUCUCACGUGAAGGACAACGUUAAAAUCUGACAAAUAUGUAUUAUUGGAGUCUACUUAUAUGUGUAAGUAUCUAGCUAAUACAAUUGCAAUUUGCAACAACAAUGUUUCUCUCAUUUCAGCUCCUUAUUACUCCUCUUAUCUUGUUGUUCAUUCUUUUAUUGUUCUUGAUUCCUUUCAAAUUGCUUUCACCUGCUUCUAAAACCAGUAAAAACCUACCACCAUCCCCGCGAAAGCUUCCAAUUAUUGGAAACCUUCACCAACUAGGUUCAAGCCCCCAUCUCUCUUUACGAUCCUUAAGCCAAAAACAUGGUCCACUUAUGUUGAUGCACCUAGGUAGUGUACCCGUGUUGGUAGUCUCCUCGGCUGAAGCAGCUAGAGAAAUCUUAAAAACCCAUGAUUUAAUAUUCUCGAAUAGACCAAAAUUAGUUAUUCCGGAAAAACUUAGUUAUGGUUACAAGGACAUAGCCUUUGCUCCAUACAGCGAGUAUUGGAGACAGGUUAAGGGCAUCACAAUGGUCCACCUUCUUAGCCAUAAACGAGUUCAAUCAUUUAGAAAACAAAGAGAAAAGGAAACGAUUCAUAUGAUUAAAAUGAUUGGGGAAAGUUGUGGUUCGGUAGUCGAUUUGACUGAGAUGCUAUUUUUCCUUGCUAACAACAUAAUAUGUGAGGUGGCCUUAGGUAAGGUAUAUAAUGAUUUAAAGUUUAAGGACAUGCUGGUAAGAUCUCAGAUCCUACUUGGUGUUGUUAGUGUAGGGAGUUAUAUUCCUUGGCUAUCAUGGGUGGAUUCACUGCGUGGUUUAGAUGGGCGAGCAAAUCAAGUUGCUAAUGAACUUGACGAGUUUCUUGAUGGUGUAAUUGAAGAGCAUAUAAAUAAGAACAUAGCAACGGAUGCUGAUGUUGAUGUUGGAAAGGAGGAAGCCCAGGAUUUGGUUGAUAUCUUACUCGAUGUUCAAAGAGAAAAUGCAACGAAAUUUACAUUUGACAGAGAUACCUUAAAAGCAGUCAUCUUUGAUGUAUUUAGUGGUGGAACCGAUACAACAUCCACGACUAUAGAAUGGGCAUUAAGCGAGCUAGUAAGAAACCCACAUGUAAUGAAGAAGCUGCAAACAGAGGUAACAAAAAUAGCUCAAGGAAGCUCAAUGAUCACCGAGGAUGAUAUACAAGAAAUGCAUUACUUGAAGGCUGUACUCAAAGAGACCUUGCGAUUACAUACGCCAGUCCCACUACUAGUUCCUCGAGAAUCAAGAGAAGAUGUUAAAGUAAUGGGGUAUGAUAUAGCGCAAGGUACCCAAGUAAUGAUCAAUGCUUGGGCAAUAGCAAGAGAUCCUUUGCUAUGGGAAGAACCGGAGAAGUUCAAACCCGAAAGGUUUCUAAGCAGUUCCAUUGACUAUAAAGGAUUUGACUUUAAAUUGUUACCCUUUGGUGCUGGACGACGAGGAUGUCCUGGUAUUCAAUUUGCUAUGGUAAUUAACGAGCUUGUUCUAGCAAAUAUCGUGUACAACUAUGAUAUGACAUUGCCAAACAAAGGGAGAUUGGAAGAACUAGACAUGAGUGAAAUUUCUGGAUUAACUGUUCAUAAGAGGUCUCAUUUACUAGUUGUGCCUUCUUCUCGUAUAAAAUAAUUGAUUAUGUUUUGCGAGUCAUAUAGUGAUAUAUAUAUAUGAUUUCAAGAUGUAUAAUACCAUUUGAAUUUGAAUCAUCAAUAAAGUGGUCUGUUAUGGUGGGUUA